GGCUACAUCAUCUCCAGAUAUUAGCGAUAAAACAUUUGAAAAUGCUGUAAAAUCUUUAUUAGAAUUAUUACAACCAAAUUUAGAUAUAACCGAUUUUUUAUCUUAUAUUGUGGGCAUUGUUACAAGUGAAAAUGAAACAGAUGAUGAAAAGCUAAAUGCAAUGAAUGAAAUGUUACAAGAACUAGACUUGAAGUUCAUGGAAAAUGUCGAAAGAAAACAUCGGAAAUGA